ACAGACCAAAUUGUAAUUCAUUCGAUAAUUAAUUUUCGGGUAUGGGAACAAACUAUUAAUAAACGGCAUUCAGCGGUGAAGCAAGAAAAGAUCUGCUGCUAUGGCGAGUGGUGCCGGAGGGAAAGUUUCGUUUAAGGUUACCCUCACCUCUGAUCCCAAGCUUCCUUUCAAAGUGUUUAGCGUUCCAGAGGGAGCUCCAUUCACUGCUGUUCUUAAAUUUGCAGCCGAAGAAUUCAAAGUUCCUCCUCAAACUAGCGCCAUCAUCACCAACGAUGGUGUUGGAAUCAAUCCUCAACAAAGUGCAGGCAAUGUGUUCCUGAAACAUGGCUCGGAGCUACGACUAAUUCCUCGUGAUAGGGUUGGCGCUUAAUGGGCUGGAAGAUACUGUCGAUGAGAAUUAUCAAUAAAUACUGUUCUGCAUAACUUAACGUAAAAGGAUGUGAUGUUUAUUCCUCCAUUCCAGAUCAUUUUUAUGCAUUCUGGUGGCAUGACUACAAAACAAUAGCAAUUUGAGUUGAUGCAUUUACUCUAAUA